AUGGCUUCGAAAAUGCUGAAACUGUUGAUAAUCGUUUUGGCUCUAGUUAUUCAAACUGAUGCAAGCUUCGGACGGCGAAUGUAUCCGACAGGCAAUUUAUCUCCAGCAGAGAACAAUGAGAGAUUAGAAAAGUGUGGAAACACAGAAAAACAACAAAUCCUUCCACCUUAUUUCAUCUCCCCUCUUGUGACUUUAGAAGGACUGCAGUAUGAAGGAAAAGUGAUGAAGGACUCAAUGUGGUUUGAUGUACAAGCUGUUAUGGUUUCAAAACGACAUCUGAUAGCUGACGUCAUAUUGAUUAAGAAUAAAUAUAAUGCGGAGGAGUGUCGAGAUAAAAAGUAUGAAUUAAAAUUUCUGGAAUCUGAAACUCAAUAUCACAUUUCUAGAAAAGAUGUGUUAUCAAUGCUUGAGAAGAAUUCGCGGAACAUCGUGAAGGCCACUCUCAUGGGAGAUUGUCUCGAUGACCAACCAUUUGGUUUCUUGCUUCUGGAAUCUGAUUGGCCUGUGGAUCAUCAUAGUUAUGCAUGUGUGGCCGAUCAUAAACCAAAGGUAGUACAACAAUGCCUAGAUGAUCCUGGGUCAUGUAGCGAGACGUUUAAUUUUGCGUACUGGAAUCCACCUGAACCCAACAUCACGCCUAUGAUCACAGGAUACACAUUUCAUGACCAUGUUGACUGGGAAGUCGCUCCCAGAAACCUUGAUUUACCCAAACAAUUUCAUCUUCGCUCUGAAAUUCAAAAUCAAGUGGGCGCUGUUUACAAACUUGAUGACGGGAAAUUUACAAUUUAUGGGCAAAUUUCAUCACGAUCACCAAAGAAUCCCUCUCUGUAUUUUGCGCAUGCAAUUCAUGGCUAUGAAAAUGAAAUUUGUGAAGUCAGUGGGAUUUGUCAAAACUCCACCAAAGCCUCCGACGAAUGCAUGAACUACUGGACAGCCCAUGAACAGAAACAAGGAGCUCUCUCACCAUCUGAAAACAAUCAACGAUUGGAUCUAUGUGCUAAUGCUUCUGCUCAAGGUUUCCAAGACGCCCAUCCAAUUGUCGAAAUUCCAGGAGGCACCGGAUGGUCAGACACUUCUUAUGACCCACCGGUUUUCCUUCCGACCAGAGGAUACUAUGUGUCUUCUCGCCACGUCAUCACAGAUAUGAUUCUGAUUCAGAAGAAGUACAAUAAGGAAGAUUGCGAAAGGAAUAAUAAGGACAUGAUGUCGAUGCUCGAAAUGAAUGAAUUCAAAAUUGUUAAGGCUACAUUAAUUGGAGAAUGUAGAGAUGAACCAUAUGGAUUUUUGCUUCUGGAGACUGCCUGGCCAACUGAUCACGCUUAUGGGUGCAUCAGACACACCAUACCGAACUGGCAUGAAAAUGAACGCAUGGACAACGAACAAAAUCAUCGUAUUUACCCUGGAAUCUACGACACCGAUCCAAACACCUAUACCGGACAGUUUCGUCAGACCGUUGCUGGACCAUCAUAUUUUCAGCAAACAAGAAGCGGUUACUGCCAUGAACAAACUGAUCAGACCUUUUGCGCUGUUGCCUAUUACACUCGUCGCGACCAUUUCCGAGAGCCUGGAUUGACACUGGAUAUGGAAUGGAAUACGCCUCGAAGAAAAACGAAAAACUGGAUGUUGGCUGGAAUCACAAUUCAAACGACACCACAGGCAAAUUCUCAACCCAUAUCAGUUGUUCUAUCCAUUCAUGGGUUCCUGGAUCAGAUUUGUGCGGCAAGUGGGAUUUGUAAAGAGAAAGCUGAUGUACCCAGUGACGAUACACCAUUCAAGUCAAAGGAAGUCUCGGCACCUGAGGAUUGUCUACCGAUUCCAUCCGAUGGUCACGUCGUCUGGACACCAGAUUCAACUUUGCCUCCAGGUUCUGAAGAUUCGGAAACAUCAGAAACAAGUCCCGGAAUGGUCCCUCCGACAUACGUCCCUGCACCAGUUUUUACAAAACCAACGGAUUCCUCUGGAAUGAUUCCUCCGACAUAUGUUCCUGCACCAGUCUUCACAAAAUCAACAAAGUCUGGAUGUCUAAAGUGCUCUGGUAGUGUUGCACCGACUUAUGUACCAGCCCCUGUUCGAGAGGGUCCAUGGAGCAUUCCGAAAAUGACUGUACCCGCAGAAACUACGACUUUCGAGACUACGACCACUACGGAAGCUACAACGACUACUGAGGAAGCGACCACUACAACAGUAACAACUACGGAGCCAACCACAACGACAUCAACUACUGUAGAGCCAGCAACCACAGCGAAAUCCACAACUGUAGAGCCUACCACCACGUCUACAGUUCCGACCACGAUUACUACAUCGGACUCUUUGAAUACUAGGAUUCCCGGAGCUCCAGUAUUCAUGUCCACUAAAAAAUCCACUUCACCUUCACUGCCAGAAACGUUUACAUUUUCGAGUAGCAUUGAUGAAAUUGCUCCUUCCUACACGUCAACACAAGCAACUUCUGAUAAGGCCACGACAACUACAGUCACAGUGCUGAGCUCGCUUCACCAUCCGGAAGAUCUGGAAGUUCGAGUCCAUCUAUUCCACAAAAAGGAUUCAGAAGCAAGCCGGUUACCAAAGGAAGAAAAAAAACCGAAUCCUUACGAUCAGAUUUUUGCAUUGGAGACUAAAUACAAAACGGAUUAUGAGGAUAUGAAAAAGGGGAAACACGACAAAAAGGAAUUGAGACAAUCACAGAUCGGAAGCAUUUUUGAUCCGAUUUCAGGUCCAUCUGUUCCAGCUGUCAGUGGAGUUAAUGGGGUGAAAAAUAAAAUGAAAUGGAAGAUCGAUGUGGAUCCAAUAGAACUGAAUGGUGAUCAAAAAAUGCAAGAAGUACUCGAAAAACUGAAAGAACUACGAAAGAAUUCCGGAUUAAAUCCGUGCAAAGUUCUCAAAGCCAACGAGCACAUGAUGUCGAAUAGUGACGAUGAGCCAACAGAAGAGUUGAUUCAUAUGAGUGCUCGAAUUCUUCAACUCGUCAAAAUGGAAGCAUUGAUCUCGAAGGAAAUCUCCAAAGAAGAUCAAGAACUUUUGAAAGGUUACUGUAGAUGUGGAGAUCAUAAGGACAAGACUGAGUCGAUUUUUGAGACGAUAACAUGCUCGAUUCUGGAGAAGGUGGCAUCGAAAAAUGAAUUCAUUCGACAUGUUUCAAUUCCAGGUCAAUUGAGACUUUUUGCAGUUGACGAGAAAAGAUCAAAACUGCCAACGAUGGCUUUGAUGAUUGUUCGAAAAGACUUGUUCUACUACGCAUGGGACAAACAGGCGACACCAAUGGACGAUGAGCAAUUGGAUCAAACAUGGAGCAGUAUGACAUUCAAAAGUUUCGUUGUUCGUCAAAGUGCUCCACUUCCACCACAGCCUGCUUUAAUAAAAAGUGCUCAUUUUCAACCAUAUUACUAA